CCACCGCGAUCGAGGUAUCACACACCGGACGACACGGCUUCUCUCGAUUAAUCCCUGUUUUCUCUUCGUUUCUUUCGCUUGUUCGUUGUUGUUGUUGUUCUUGUAUAUGCAUCCCGACACGGCCACGUAACGACACCGUGUUCUCGCGUCGAGGCUAGAACGCGCGCGAACGGGUAUAUCCUAUUCGGCGGUGCAUACGUGUAGGGAUAAAAGUAAGCGUGCGCACUUGCACGAUACACACGGUGGUACAUACAUGGUGCACGUAAACGCGUAUACGCACGAGGCGCACACGUAUACGCGAGCACAAGUCCCGCUGCGGCAGCGUGGUCGGCUAUCCCCAUAAAAGCGACGCACUCGACCGGCCUGCGGACAGUUGUCAUCGUUGGCUACAUCGGCGCAACGUGUUUCUUCUUUGUGCUAGAGAGUAGUUUUUCGAUAGAACCCCUCGGCGGCGAAUCGUUAAACCGCGCGCAUGGAGAAAUAUGAAAUGUCGUGUAGAUGCCGAGCGAAAUUGUACCGAAAACCGUGUCAUGUUCCCGUAAUCGAACGACUGAUUUCGAGAACGAAUAAGAAAACCGUCGACGAUAAGAUCGAAUUCUUUUUUUAAAUUUUUGUUUUCCUUCGCCGGCAGAUAACGCGAGGCGCGAUUAUCUCGAGAUAAUCGCGGCCGAAAUCGACCUUACGUUAGGAUUUCGGCUUACGUUUCCGCGCGGAUUCGAUAGGAAAAUUUCCCUUUCGAGAUCCGAGAACACACGUGGUUGAAAACUAUUAUAAGAGAGAAGAGAAGAACGAGGAGAGGCCGGUAAUACCGAGUUACAAGCGCCAGACAGAGCGACGCUUCCGCGGGCAAAGCCGUGUGUCGUGUCGUGUCGUGUGUCGUGUGUCGUGUGUCGUGUCGUCCUGCCUCCUCUCCUCUAUCUUGUGCCUGUGUUGCCUACAUACGCGGUACAUUCGGAGCAGCGUCCACACUUAUGUUACCGGCAGAGGCACGCUUACGCGUACGAAAGCGAAAAAGCAAUUGGUGGUGGCGCAAGCGCGAAAGCAAAAGCUUUUUCGAGCGAGCCAGCCGGAGAGGACGGAGACGGUGCCGCCGAUGAUCAAAUACAUCAGAUUCAGUGGCGGCACGGACGUAGAGAGCAAGCCGAGUAACAGCUUCCCACCAGUCAGUCAGUCACUCACGAUCGGCUAGUCAGUCACGGCAGUCACGCGGCGAUCGUGUCAGACGCGCACACUGCUCUGUCUCUUGGUUCGCCUUCAAAGAGGCCGGUGAAAAGAAGAGUAGCGAGACCGAAGUAAAACGGUGAGAAAGGAUUUUUAGUGCCAAUCAACGCUAAUUGUAAAUCACGAUCGAACUCUUAGGUGUGGACGUAUAUGUACGUAUACCGAGAGCGGCGGGGAAUAUCGCCACGCAGGCGCGCGAUGCAACGUUCGAGCAAGCCUCGAGAUUUCGCCUCCGAUGAUCAUCUGAUACGAACCGGCAACGUGAAAAGUUAUUACCUCGGUAGAAUUGCAUCUCUAUAGAUCGCAUCUCGAUCGUUUCGAAUCGUUUCGAAUCGUUUCGAAUCGUUUCAGAGUAAAAUUGUCGCGGUGUAACGCAUCGUCCGACCCCGCGAAAGGUGCCGUGUCAGAUGCGUGCCGGCAUUGCACCGCGAGAAAGAGACGGACACCUACGAAUCGUAGGAUAGAAGAAGAGAGAAAGAGAAGUGCCAACCACGCCAGCAGCACUCCGUUUCGUGUCCCUCUCGUCUCUCUCGAAACUCGUCGCUCGUUGUGUACCGCCUUAUAAAACGCGCGCGCAGUAACACGGAACGCGCGACCACGAGAACGUGGAAAGAAGAAGAGGAAGAAGAAGAAGAAGAAGAAGAAGAAGAAGAAGAGCGAGGAACGCUUGCACACACUCGGUAAAACAGAGAAAGAGGAGACAAGAUAGCGAAAAAAAAAUUACGAAAAGAAGAGGAGAGGAAAGAAUAAGCUAUAAGAGAUAAGAGGGAAAGAGAAAGAAAAGAAUAACGAAGCUGCGUGUGUACCUUAGCCUAUUAAGCCGUCGGAUGCGCUCGUUUAACGUGUCUCUCGCGUUAUCUGCAGUAAAUAUUGCGGCUAGCACGGGCUCACCCGCCGGCCCGGUUGAUUGUUUCUAAUCAUUAUCGUACACGUUCGCACGACCUGUCUACGUAUCAUCCAUCGUGGCAGUCGUCGUUGUCAUCGGCUUUUCGUGUGCUCGUUGCCGUUUUACACCCCUUCCUCAAACCCUGUGCCACCUUUCCACGAUCCGUCGCGUUUACACGCUUCGGAGUACUCGAAUAUAUAAGCUGGUGCGAGACGCAUAGUGUUGCAUAGAGAGUGCAGAAAAGAGUUUUGUGCAGUGAACGGUCGUUAAUAGACCAGUGCCGCGGCUGCGAACGGUCGCGAGAGAGACAGACAGGCAGGCGCAUUCGACGAGAGGAACGAGACACUCGGGGGGGAAAAGAGAUAGAAAUAGAAAAAUAAGAGACAGAAGUAGAGAGUAAGUUAAGGUGGAAAAGAGAGGAAGGAAAAGGCGGUAUAUACAUACGUACCGUGUUAAGCAUCGUGCGCGAGUGCCAGAGACGAGACGAGACGAGACAGUGAAUAGAAGACACGUGAGAGCGAGGGAGAAGAUACCGCGAGAGACAGUCAGGAAAACAAGCGAGAUGCAUUUCCACGGUGGUCUCUUGUCGAUCUUGCUUAUCGUCGUUUCUUGCCCUUUGACUCUACGCGCACGUAGGGUCGCGCCCUUGAUCGAAGACGACUGGACAAGAAGACCUCAUCGCGCCGCCGAAUGUACGUUCGGCAAGCAGAUACGGGAAUUGGGCUCCACCUGGUUCGCGGAUUUGGGCCCGCCCUUUGGAGUCAUGUACUGCAUCAAAUGCGAAUGCAUUCCGGUGCAAAAGAAGCGACGCAUCGUGGCGAGGGUCCACUGUCGUAACAUUAAGAACGAAUGCCCGAAACUUACGUGCGACGAACCUGUUCUUCUUCCUGGUCGGUGCUGCAAGUCUUGUCCAGGAGAUUUCAGUACGGACAUAGUGCAGGAUCUGCCAGCGCAGUUGACCUCCGAGGAAGAGGAACGAAGCUUGAAACAUUUUGGAACUCUGUUAACGGGUAGGACGUCACAGGUGUUGCGACGCGACGAACCCAGCCCGACCUCGAUUUACAACAGCGCCUACAACUACGUGGCCACCGGUCGUUUCACUUUCCAUCGCAAAAAUCUCUAUUACUCGUUCUAUCUGUCUACCGCGACGCCUCGACCUCGGAGCAUCCAGUUCGUGGAUGGAUCGGGCAGCAUCCUGGAGGAGCAGAUCGUCGACCCGAUCGGUGGAGUGUAUCAGAACGCGACGGGUAAACUGUGCGGCGUUUGGAGGAGAGUUCCUCGGGAUUACAGGAAGCUGCUCCGCGAGGAACGUUUGCACGUCUCUUUUAUAUGGGAACCGUCGGCCACCCUGACCGGACAGUUGUCUCGUUAUCGCGCCUUAUCCACGGAACAAUACUCUUCGCUGUUGGAACCAACAAUGGGUGUAGAUCGUUCACUGAUGUCCGGCGCAGGGGCUACAGCCAUAGUUUCUGCAUCCUCCGCUUCCGCCCCUUCGAUUCACGUGUCGCUGGUGUUCAACGGCGUUUUCUUACCGAACGACGUGCUCGAGGUGCCAUUGAUCGUGCAGCUGGAGCACGUGGAGAAGGAUUACGUGGUGCUGCGGGAGGAAAUCAUAGUGAAGAAGCCGUCGAACGAGUUGAACUUCGGGGAGGUCCGUAGCGCGCUGUCGGGAGCGGAUCUACGUCUUCUGACGCGCGGCAAGUUAUCCAUCAGUAUAAUGUCCAAGAAGGACCCGCAGGCAAUACGAUUGGCCGGCAUGGUGGGACCCCGCGCUACCUGCGACAUGUAUCAGACGUUGCUGCUGUCGGAAACGCCUUCGGCGGCCUCUGGACUGGCCUGGGCGUUUUUGGACCGCGCUGGCUCGUUGCGUUACGGGGUCCAGUUGAUCGGUCUCGAAGAAGAGAGUCCUCUGGUGACCCUCGUGGACGAAGGCGGCAAACGUCGCACCGAACUGGAGGAUCUAACGCCGUCGUUGGUCGAUGGUCUGGCUAAUGGAUCCUUGGACCGUCCAGGACCUCGUCUUCUAGAGCCUUUGUUCAAUGGUGAAUUGUCGGUUGUUGCAGCUUCUCAUGUAGGCUCCAUGUUGCGAGGCCGUCUUUAUCAGAGACCCGUAGCCGACGCCAAGGACACCACCGCGCCUGUACUGCUUCGAAGAUUGUCCCAGGAACCCGUGCAUCCUGGUCCAGUUGGUCUGGUCUGGGUAGCAGUGGACUUGGACUGUUCUCUCCAUUACGAACUCGAGAUUGCUGGCUUCGCACAGCCAUCUCCCACCUCUGAUACAGAACCGGGAACCUUUCGCCUGUAUUUAGAGACCAUGCCGCUGUUGGCACAGGGCGCACCUGUCGCCAGGAGGCUUCUGGAGGAGUUCACUGGAUAUGUCUUGGAAGGUUCCGUCACUGGACUCUCGCCAGUGGAAUUAUACAGAAUAGAAUCUGGUAUCGGUUUCCUAGAAGUGACCGAUAAACAAGCUGAAAGGAUCCUGAAGGCUCCUUUCAAAGCCAGGGCACCCCUCAACUGUCUCCCCCAUUACGCCGACAACGAUGUUGCCUCUGUGGUCGCGUACAAUCUGCAACCGCCCCGGUCUGACAUCGAAACCGGUGCUUGUUUCCACGAAACUAGGUUCUACGAGGAAGGUACCCAAUGGACCUCGAGCACGGAUCCAUGCUCCAUGUGCCAUUGCUUCCGCGGAUUGGCGCAGUGCGACCCGGUGCCCUGUCCGACCCUCACCUGUCCACAGGGCAAACAACUGAAACCUGCUACCGGCCACUGUUGCCCUAUUUGCGCGGGUCCCGGUAUCAACGUGAACGGUACAGGAAAAAAUGUUAGCUCGGCGACGAGAGGCUGCACCCUGGCCGGUCAGUUCCACUUACCAGGAGCAUCCUGGCACCCAUAUCUGCCACCUGCUGGAUUCGAUACCUGCGCGGUGUGCACAUGCGACCCGGUCACGCUAGAGGUGAAAUGUCCGCGGGUGCAGUGUCCGCCAUUGGACUGCGACGAGAAGAUCGCCUUCAGACCGAGCAAGAAGGCCUGCUGCAGACAGUGCCCGACGACGACGCCCAGUACCGCGAACGCCGGCGUCGCAUCCGGCGAUACGACCCGUCUACCCCGCGACCAAGCUGUACCCUCCACCAGACGCACCCCCGAGGAGAUCCUCGCUUCCGGUGGCUGCAAGUACCCUCUCGGCGGACCGUACGAGAACGGGAUGGAAUGGCACCCACGUGUCCACUCUCACGGGGAGAUGAAAUGCGUCAAGUGCAGGUGCAAGAAUGGCGAGGUGAGAUGCGACAGAAAGCGGUGUCCACGGGCGCUCUGCAAUUCGAUCAGCCAUCAGAUGAAACGCGGUGAGUAUGUUGGGGAGGUGGACGACUGCUGCACGGUGCAGUGUCGUCGGGCGAGGCGUCAUCAUCGCAACAAUCACCACCCGGCCCGGCAUUCCGUGACGCCACGGGAGCUCAGCUGAGUCGAGCCGUCCGAAUGAGCCUCCUUCGAGCUGUCCUGCUUCGUGGAAACGUUCCCGGCCCGUCUUUCUCUCGGUAGUCAUCGGAUACGAGAUCAGUCGUCGAUUCAGAGAAAAAUGGAAGAACCGUAUAGCGUCGAAUAGAGCCAGUCGUAGUUGGUGGUCGUUUCUUUCGCAUCUUGGUCUUAUCAGUCUGAUCCUAAAUUCGUUCGAUCUGCAGUAACCAGCGUAGAAACAGAGGUGGAGAAGAACCGAGAAUGGGGAGAGGAUCUCUUGCGAACAGAAUUUCGCGUUUCUUACAAUUCUUGUAGAUUGGAUCAAAGAAACUGUAUAAGGGGAUCGUGUUUAGGGUUUACGAGCGAUACGCACUGUCCUGGUUGGUAUAGGUUGGCCAGAUAACGAGGCUGUAAAAUUCAAUUUACGCGAGGACAGAAGUUUAACGAGGCUAUCUGGACAGAGACAAGUGUAUCAGGCAUCUCCUCCGUCGACGAUCUGGCUCGUCCAAUUUCAGCUACGACGUCCGGCAACGAUUCCUCGCAUUCCUAUUGCUCGAUACAAUUUAUUAACAUGUCUGAUAAAAAUUGUAAGACACGAGAGUCUAUCGAUACGCGUUAAGCGCAAACGACGUUCCUUCGAAGCCCUCUAUUCGGCAGCAAUAUAGUUGAAACGGAAGAUGGUAAUCAAAGAGUAGUCGUGCGUCUGGAAUGAUCGACGAGUAUCACAGGAAACCAUAAUAAUAAGAAGAACUACUGGUAAUAAUACUGACAAUAAUGUAAUGCGAGCAGAGAGAAAGAGAGAACGUGGAUCGUUCUUGUCGGACGUUAUAUUCUUAGUCUACUGCACGGUCAUUCGGCUAUCAAGUCCAGCACAGAGGAGCGCACCCAUAUAAACCGUCAAACGUUUAUUAAUCAAUUGGCUCUCAUCAACGGAUCAACGGACCGGAAGCCAACCGCUCUCUAUCUUCGACUAACCUCACAUGCAUACACGUACACGACUAUAAUAAAUGAGAAGAGAAAAACGAGGAGAAACGAAUGAGAGAGAGAGAGAGAGAGAGAGAUACAAGCCUGGGGGUUAGAGAGAAGGAAAUUUUAGUCGAGGCGGUAAACGCAGAGCCCUACCGUACCCACCAACCUCACCAAGUUACCCAGCAACCAAAGAAGACUGAAAAACCUCCGAUGGUGGCAUCAGUUAUCAUUGCGCGAAACACGCUAACGUUUACACUAUAUUAUAUUAUAUCAAAUCUAUACUCCGAUGCAACUUAUCAUUGCUACGGAUUAUUAAUAUUAUUAUUAUUAUUAUUAAUAUUAACGAUGUUAACGUUUUACACUUAUCGUAAGUCUCAUGGUUUCAUCGUUCGUCGUUCAUUAUCGUUCAUCGUUGUUUCAUUUCGUCGUCAUAGAAAUCGUCAUUAAUAUUAUUAAUAUCAAUAUUAUUAUUAAUGUUUCUAUUAAUAGUAUAUCGCUGCUAUUAUUAUUAUUUUGUCAUCGCUUGAUGCUAGUGUUAACAGGUUGAAAAACCGCCUGUAAUCUCAUCGAAACGGCUUCGCUCUUCGUUUUAUAAGCCUAUUUGUUCUUUCUUUUUUUUUUUCUUUCUUUUUGUAAGUUAUAAGCUUAUUUAUUGUUAGGUUCUCUAAGUUAUUCAAUGGCGAACUCGUGACUGUAAUUUCGAUGGAGGACUUUGUCGAAUUUACAGAGGAGUAUUUCUGCGUUAAUUUAAACGUAAUGCUUGAAUAGUCGUUGUCAGUGAAUGGGUGUUUAGGUGUGCGUCAGUUUUUUAAACGUGUGUGUUUGUGGAAGUAGCCGAAUCUUUUGAACCACGAAUUUCGCGGUGACCAGUAGAGGAUAGAUCGUGUAAAGGGUGUUUGUGAAACAUGGCCAGACUUCUGCUUUCUUGUCUUUGUCUUUGAAGAAACGUCCUCAAAGUGAGAAAGGAAACGUGUUCUGCCUCGUAACGCAAAAGUUGUUGCAUAACGAGAAAAGAAAUUGUCGUUAAAGUAUUUCAUUUUUGUUUAGAAUUUUACAAAAUUAUAGCGUUAAUCAUUAACCCUGGAAAGCAUCGAGGUUACUAAUUAGAAAAUAUUGAACAUUUCCAAGGAGAGCAUUGGGGAUGAGUGACAGAGGGCUCCAUCUUUUUAGGGUUAAUUAUCAGGAUCUAAUCUUUUUACACAUUGUCAGUCAUCUAAUCUAAGUAUAUGAAACAGUUGUUCGAGCAAGCUUGCGGAAAACGAGCGGUGACUUGAUCACCGAUGAAAGACGAGAAGAAAUCAGGGGUAGCGGUUUUGCGCGUAGCCGUGGCAGCUGGUAGGCCUGCUUGCUUUCAACACUUUCAACGCGAUACUUUUUUUCUUUUGUCCAAUACCGUGAAACUGUAACUGUUUACAUGGUUAACAGGUUCGCGACAAGAAAGUGAACACGAGCAUACUGUGACCUGCUACUGAAAAUCGCUAUUCACGGUUCCUACCUCUGUAAGCAUAAUUUUGAUGGCUGAUUUUGUUAAUACAUUCACUGCAGAUACCAUGGAUUAUCCGAUAUUAAUUUUAUUUAUUUUAUUCAUUUGAUUUUCUAUAUGUUACUCUCGUUAUGCAACAUACACGACGAAGCAGACUCUGCAGGAUAGAAGCCUCAAUAAUUAAAAUUGUCUUCCUUUUCGCAAAAUACCAUCGUUCGAUGGUACUAGAAUAUCCAUGAAAACGUAGUCGAAAUUUCGAAAAGAUUCGAAGUAAUCGUGCCUUAAUCAUCGUGCAUGUACAAGUUAGUCAACGCUGUUAGAGGGUAGCUGUUCACAGUAGAGGCCUUAAUGAUGAUCGAAUUUCGAUAUUUUGUACAUAGACGUAUAUAAUAGACGAUAAGUUAAUGGUUUAUCCAAUAUCAUGAUUAUUCUAAUUAUUAAUAAUAUUUAUAUGUAACUAGUAGCGUCACUUCUUCAUCCGUGGCUCGUCGAACCAAUGAAUUCUUCGACGGCGCUCCUUAUCAAUAUUAAUCUAUUCUUCUAUUUUAAUACUACUGCUAUUACUAUUAUAUUAUCGUCAUUAUAUUAUAAAUAUUAUCUUCACGGUUAUUUAAAGUCAUCCCCCGUUACAACUUGCAUGGUAUAUCCGAUCUUGUUUUAUCAAGAAGGGAAGAGUUUUUAAUAUCGUCCUUUUAAGACACUAUAUCUAAACGUUUACACUGUUGUAAACGUAUGUAAAUUGUUUAAGAAUCGCGAUCUAGUGCCUUAAAAUACUUCAAUUAACAAUGAAAGUAAUUGGCAGUAUUUAACAAACGUUACGCCUCGUAUGAAUUGUGCUAUAAUCGUGAAAUGGAACCAAAAAUGCCUUUCAAAAUGUGUUACACAUGGAUUAAAAUUACAUUUUUUUUUUUAACACGUGAUAAAUCGUGAAAGAGAAUCAAAGAGAAUCAAAGAAAAUCAAAGAGAAGAGGAGCAUGGAAAUCGAACGUUAUUCUGUACUGUGCCAAAACGAUUGUCAAUUAAAUCGUAAUUAAUCAUAAUUGUUGCAACUGUAUUACACGUACGAUUGGAUAUAUGUAUGUGUAUUAUUAUUCAUAUCAUGCAGAUGGAAGGAGAGAGAGAGAGAGAGA